CGGUGAUGCAGGUUGUGUUCCACUGUCUGCUGGGAGAAGGGGGAGCCGAGUGCUGUGUUUCCUUUGCAGGCAGUUGCUGUACACGCUCCUAUCGCAGCCUCUUGAUGAGCAGAUAUGGCUGUCACGCUACACACUGAUGUAGGAGACAUUAAAAUUGAGCUGUUUUGUGAGCGAACACCGAAAACAUGUGAAAAUUUCCUGGCUCUCUGUGCUAGUAACUACUACAACGGCUGUGUGUUUCACCGGAAUAUAAAGGGCUUCAUGGUUCAGACGGGGGAUCCAUUAGGCACUGGGAAAGGAGGAACCAGCAUCUGGGGCAAGAAGUUUGAAGAUGAAUUCAGUGAAUACCUAAAGCAUAGUGUUCGUGGGGUGGUUUCAAUGGCAAACAAUGGUCCAAAUACCAAUGGAUCGCAGUUCUUCAUCACUUAUGGCAAGCAACCACACCUGGAUAUGAAGUACACUGUUUUUGGGAAAGUGAUCGAUGGCUUGGAGACCUUGGAUGAGCUGGAGAAGCUGCCUGUGAAUGAGAAAACCUACCGACCUCUGAAUGACGUUCGCAUCAAAGAUAUCACUAUUCAUGCCAACCCUUUUGCUCUGUAGCCACCAACAGUUGUGAUGCAUUCUUUAGUGGCUGGUCAGACCGACUGCUGGCUGAUGGUGUUUGAUGCACUGUCAGACAGGGUUACAGAGCUGUGCUGUACCUCAGCACAGGGCUUUGGAAGCUGUGGUGUUUAUGAAUUGUUGCAGAGGAGCCUUGUGUUCCACAAGCCUGUGUUUCCAGGGUGUACAUUAACUUCUGUUGACUUGAUUUUGACUUCUAAGCAUUGCUUUUUAUACUUGUAAAGUAAGUCUUUUAAAUAUAUAUAUAUUUUUUUUGCAAA